GUUUGGCGCCUCCUAUCCUAUCAGAUAGAUGCCAUUCGUCAGAACCGCUCCCGUGAAGAGCUGCCAAUAAAAAGAAGAGGAAAAGGCUUUCGUUUGCGUGUACCGAGGCAAAACCGAAUCGCAUUGUCUUUGCUUUGCUUUUCUUAAGUUAAGCAAAACGGUACGCUCUCACCUUCAGGAUUUCAAGAUGGGAACUAUGUUUGUGGCGGGAAUUUUGUUUCUUCUUAUUUUGGGAGGAUUAAUUUCCAUUGCUUCGAUGUGGAAUAGUGUCAAUGCUAUGUUUGGUGUAAUAGGAUGGGUUAUAGUGGUAGUAUACACAGCUAACGUAUUGACUCGAUGGGUAUUAUCAAUUAUUCCGAAGUUGAAAGUCUGUCCAGCUGAGAAAGCAGUCCUCAUCACUGGUUGUGAUACAGGGUUUGGAUUGGAUCUCGCUAAGCGUCUGCAUGCUGCUGGAUUUACUGUUUAUGCUUGUUGUUUAUCGUUAGAUAGUGAUGGGGCGAAGGAGCUAGAGCAGAUGUCUGUGAAGGUUUUACCUUUGGACGUUACUCAAUACGACCAGGUGCAUUCUCUUGUUCGUAAAGUAGAAGAAGAGCUAGGAGAUAAAGAUCUGUGGUGUGUAGUCAACAAUGCUGGCGUAGCAAUUUUCUCAGAGCUAGAAUGGUGCAGUAUGUCCGUUAUUGAGCAUAUGUUCGAUGUGAACGUGCUAGGAGCUGUUCGUGUAACUAAAGCUUUCUUGCCGCUUCUCAGACGCUCAAAGGGAAGGGUAGUUAUUGUCGCUAGCGUUGCAGGUCAUUUGACGUAUCCAGGUUUCUUAUCAUAUUCUAUGACUAAGCAUGCCUUAGUUUCAUUCGCUGAUGGCUUGCGUAGAGAAAUGUUAAAGUGGGGCGUUAGUGUAGUUUCUAUUGAGCCAUCUAUGUAUAAAACGAAAAUUUCACAAUCUGAUGUUCUUACGGGUGCUUUGGAUAACUCUUGGGAAAAAACACCAGAAGCCAUAAAAGAAGCUUAUGGAUUUCCUUACUAUCAAGAUUUUAAGGUUCGCAUGCAAAAGAUGGCUUUGCAUGCCCGACCGUAUCUGGACGAAGUAGUCGACUGCAUGGAGGUAGCCGUAGUUAGCGUGUGGCCGAAAAUUAGUUAUCGGUGCUCUGGACCUGCGGACAAAAUCCGACUAUGGUUCAUGUCCUUGUUACCCACUCAGCUGCUAGAUAUACUCAUAUGUCAGAUUAUACAACCUAAUCACAGACAGUUGUCUGGUGGGCAAAAGAAUGGGAAAUCUUCAUAAUAAAACUGUAAUAAAGAUGUACAAAUUAAUUUCAUAGCAAAGUACGUAUAUAUGCUGAAUUUCGUUGGAGUGUAGGCCAAAACACAACGUGGUGAAGAAUAUAUAGAAUUUUGUUUGAUCUUAUUCGGCAGUUCUCUUUUAACUGUGGAAGUAUUUUAUUUUAAAAUAAUAUAUUUUUACUUAUUAGUAUGAGCAAAUCAUUAGGCAGAGUUGUAAUAUCUCAUUAGUUUAAAAUUUGAAUGGUUAAUUAAUUAUUUGCUAUUUUAUUUCUUUAAGAAAACUUAGCUGCAAGGGCAAUCAACUCAUCAACAUUUUAAAAAUGUGUAAAACAGCUACAGUGUGCUGUUCUGCGAAACAUAUGUUCAUAUACUUUUAUCAAUCGUUAUAAAGUUAAUUGAAUAUAUUUAUUUUGAAAUAAACAAUUUUCAUAUGUGU